AUGAUAAGAUCGUGGCCUCAAUUUGCAAGGAAAAUGUCUACAGCCAAUUGUGCCAGCUUGACCAACCUCAGGGAACUGUUUCUAUGCGGCGUCGAGGCGGUAAAACCCAAAUCGUUGUUUGUUGGCUGCCACAGUUCAGUGAGCAGUGUCCGAGAAAGUUUCCUACACGACCACAAACGCUAUCACGUGGUAGGUUUCGGCAAAGCCGUUCUGGGCAUGGCAGUUCAAUUGGAACGUCACCUUGGGUCGCGGCUAUCGGGAGGAUGUAUUAGUAUACCUACGGGUACGGGUGAACGAUUUGCUGGAGAGGCAGAGUUCACUCUUUCGCCCAGCACUGCGAUCGAUGUGAUCGAGUGUGCUCGGAACAACCUGCCGGAUGAAGGAUCGUUAAUGGCGGCAAAAAAGAUCAAACAAAUUGCCCAAAGCCUGACAUCGGAUGAUGUGCUGUGCGUUCUGGUUUCUGGUGGUGGUUCGGCUCUGCUUUGUCUGCCCAAGGAGUCCAUUACGCUCGAGGAAAAACUGCAGCUAAUCAAAUCACUGGCCACGGCGGGUGCAUCCAUCGAUGAGCUGAACUACGUUCGAAUAGCUCUGUCGGAGGUGAAAGGAGGGCAGCUUGCGCUGGCGGCCGAACAUGCCUAUCGGGUUUAUUCUUACGUAAUAUCGGACAUUGUCGGUGAUCCGGUUGCAUUGAUUGCGAGUGGACCGACCGUAGUUCAGAAAGGAGUGGCUGUGAAUGGGAAAGCGAAAGAGAUUUUGGAGAAGUAUGGCCUGUGGAGUAAACUUCCUGAUUCUAUCCAUAAAGUAAUUGAACAACCAACGGUUAGAGAAGUGAAGGAAACGUACAAUCAUGCCCUCUUCUUACUAGGCAGCAAUGAGGUAGCUGUAAAUUGUAUCGUACAGCAAGCUCAGGCUCGAGAUUGGGAGUGUAUCGUGCUAUCAAGAACGAUCGAAGGAAACGUGAUCGAUUUGGCUCCCGUUUACGUAGAGUUGGCAGCGAUCUUGUACAAUUUAAAAACCAACUUUAUAUCAGAAAACAUUGCCAAAGAAAAGCUCCGCGAGCUGCUUACCCGUCUUCCAUACAGUGACGUCAAAAUGGAAGAAUUUAUAAGUCAAGCAGUUGACGGUAACAAGGAAAAGCCACUACUGAUUGUUGGUGCUGGUGAGCCAACGGUUUGCGUGUCGGGAGGCGGCAAGGGGGGUCGAAAUCAAGAGCUGGCUCUUCGCUUCACGGUCGGUGUGCGAGAGCUGGAACGUGUGCCCGACUCGGUGUGCUUUCUAUCGGCCGGCACGGAUGGUAUCGAUGGCCCUACCGAUGUGGCCGGUGCGAUCGGGGGAGCGUUCGUGGCGAGAGAGUUUGAGGAAACAUUCCACCUGGCAGAAGCGAAAACGUUCCUAGAACGGAAUGAUUCGUACAGAUUUUAUGAAGCAGUUAGCAGCGGGCAAUAUUUCGUAAAAACUGGCCACACAGGUACGAAUGUGAUGGAUGUACAUUUACUGUUAAUAAACCCGCAGUAGGGAAAAUAAACAAACUAUCCCAACCGAACGCAAACCAAACAUGGAAGAUGACUACUACCACCUCCUAGUUGUGAUCAGCACUAGCGAAGCUCAGCGGUCUGCAUUAAUUCAU